AUGUACAUCACCCUCUACUACCUAGUCACCCGGCUCCCUGACUCCCUUCGCUCGGUCAGGGACCACUUCCUCUCUGUUUGCCCCACCACACUCACCGUUGACCUCCUCGAGGAGCGCCUCCUUGCAGCUGAGAAGAGUAUAGUCGCUGUAGGAGCCUCUCGUGGUGACCCUCGUGCCCCUUUCUUUGAGGGGUGCUCCCCCGUCCCCCUUUUGCCCUCUGUUGCCUCUGCUGCUGCUGUCGACCUCGUUGGCACCGAGUCAGUCGGCACUGCGUCUGCUCCUAGUGGGAGGCGCCGCAACGGCAAGGGCGCUGGAGGAGCUGGCGGGGGCGGUGGUGGUGGCGGUGGAGGCGGCGGAGGGGGUGGGGGUGGGAGUGGUGGCGGGGGUGGGGGCUUCGGUGGCGGCGGCGGCGGCGGCGACGGAGGUGGAGGUGGAGCUGGUCGGGGUGGAGCUGUGCAGCGGGGAGACUUUGGUGGUGGUCAGCGCCAGCAGCAGCAGCGCUCUCGUGAGACUCCGUCGCCCCAGCAACUUCGUGAGUGGUACGCUGCACGCCAGCGGCCUGGGGGUGCUGGUCCCUGUACCUACGUCCUGCGUACAGGCGACCGCACUGGGGAGCCGUGCGGCGGGCCGCACGCCACCCUGCGCUGCUUUGGCCGCCUGACGGACGCCUGGCGUAUCCAGUUCCCUCACGCCACUGAGAUCCCUCGCUGGGGUGAUCUGCUCAAGUCAGGUGUAGCUAUCUUUGAUCUUGACUAUGAUGCUAUUCUGGCUGCCAUGUAUGUUGUGUCUACUAGUGCUGAGGGUGACUGUUACCUGUAUGUUCCGCCUGACCCGGGCAUUGAGGCCGCUGCUCUAGGUGCUUGUGAGUCUGCUGCUUCAGGUGCUGGUGAGUCUGCUCUCUCAGACCGCACCAUACUCACGCCGCUCAGUCGGCCGGUUGCAGUCUCCCUAGCAGACCCCUCUGGGGGUCCUGUCCUUGCCCACUACUCCACUGUCCUACCGUGUCCGGCGGCUCCUUCUGGCUCCCUGUCGGGUCUUUACCUCCCCUCGUUCUCUACGAACUUGUUGAGUGGUGCUGACCUACAGGAUGGGGGGGUUGACCAGUUCACUCCUGCGAGUCAGCGAGUGACCCACUGCACGUGUGCUCGGACGAGCCGACACUUGGCCACGUUUACCCGUCAGCCGGGGUCGAGCCUGUACACACUGACUACCGAGUCUCCUCCGGUUCCUGCGUCUGGCCAGGUAGCUGCGUCAGGUCAGGUGUUUGCUGCAGCGUCCAGGUCUGGUCCUGAGUCUGCCCUCUGCUCGUGUCGUCUCCUGUCUCACCAGACUCUCCUCUGGCACCACCGCCUUGGUCACCCCUCCCUGCCUCGUCUCCGAGGCAUGGCCUCCCGUGUCCUUCUCUCUGGUCUCCCCCGGUCCCUCCCUCCCCUUCCCCCGGGGCCUGCCCCUACCUGCGUUCCCUGUGUCGAGGGGCGACAGCGCGCCGCUCCUCACUCCUCCGAGUUUCCUCCGACAGAGGCUCCGCUGCAGACUCUCCACAUGGACGUGUGGGGCCCAGCCCGCGUCAGUGGACAGGGUCACGAGCGUUACUUCCUGCUGGUGGUUGACGACUACUCGCGUUACACCACAGUCUUCCCCUUGCGCCGCAAGGGUGAGGUCACUGAGGUGUUGAUCGACUGGAUCCGCGUUGCCCGUCUCCAGCUCAGAGAGAGUUUCGGCUCGGACUUUCCUGUUCUUCGUUUGCACUCCGACAGAGGUGGAGAGUUUUCCUCCGACCUUCUGCAAGCCUUCUGUCGUGCGGAGGGCAUCCGCCAGACGUUCACGCUUCCGGCCUCUCCACAGCAAAAUGGGAUUGCUGAGCGCCGCUUUGGCAUGGUCAUGGACAUUGCUCGUACGUCCAUGAUCCAUGCGGCUGCUCCCCAUUUUCUGUGGCCGUUCGCGGUUCAGUACGCAGCGCAUCAGAUCAACCUUCAGCCCCGGGUCUCGAUGCCGGAGACCUCCCCUACUCUGCGGUGGACGGAGAAGGUUGGCGAUGCGUCUGCAUUUCGUGUCUGGGGAUCUCGAGCUUUCGUCCGUGACUUGUCUGCGGACAAGCUGUCCUCCCGUGCUGUUCCUUGCGUCUUCCUUGGCUUCCCCCCUAACGCGCCUGGUUGGCAGUUUUACCACCCCACCUCGCGUCGUGUUCUGUCCUCCCAGGACGUCACGUUUGAUGAGUCGGUUCCGAACUACCGUCUCUUCCCCUACCGCGCUGCCCCCCUCCCCCCCCCGUCGCUCUUCCUCGCGCCCGGUCCCCCCCCGGUAGACCCCCUCCCCCCUCAGGGUCCUGCCCCCUCAGGUGUGUCCCAGGUAGACGCAGUCGAGCCUGUCGAGGUAGCUGUUGACUCUGGUACUGCUAGGGGUGCUGAGCCUGCAGGUGCCGGGUCUGGGGGUGCUGAGCCUGAGCGUGCGGAGCCUGGGUCUGCUGGGUCUGGGGGUGCUGGGUCUGGGGGUGAUGAGCCUGGGGUUGCUGAGUGUGGGGGUGCGGAGCCUGACGGUGCUAGACCUGGAGGUCCUUCGGGUGCUUCGUCCCGGCGGGAGCUACCCUCUCCACAGGAGCUGCGCGAGUGGUUUGCUCGGCACUGGAGCCGUGCUGCUGGAGCUGGUGGUGCUGCCGGUGCUGGAGGUUCUACUUCUGCUGGGGGUGCUGAAGCCACGGGUCCCGGAGGUGCUCGUACCGGAGGUACUGGAGCUGCUGGGCCUGGUGGUGCUACUGGUGCUGGAGCUGCUGGCGCAGCUGGAGCUGGCGGUGCUGCUGGAGUAGGUGCUCCUGGAGGUACUGGAGCCGGAGCUGCUGCGUCUUCCGGUGGUCCUGCUGGAGCUGGAGCUGCUGGAGGUACUGGAGCUGGAGGUGCUGCUGGUGCUGGUGGUGCUGCUGGAGUUGGAGCUGACGCUGAGGGUGCUGGUGCUGUCCCUGCUGGUUCUGGAGGCGCUACGCGGCCGCGGCCGUACUUCGUUCCGCUCCUUGAGCAGGUUCUUGGUCUUCCGCCUUCUUUUGGUCCUGCUCCUUCCUUAGAGUGUCCACCGCCUGUCCAGUCCAAGUCACAGUUACAGCUGGCCUCCCCACUGCCUGCUCCUUCUCCCUACGCUGGUCCUACUGGAGGUCUUGCUGAGCGUCGUGAGCCUGAGUCGCAUCCUGCGUCACCUGUUCGUGCUACUCGCACUGGUCGUCAUGUUCCACGUUAG